AUGGAGCGCGCGCGCGGCGGCGCCUGCCUGCGCCUCGCCGUGCUGCUCGGCGUGUGGAGCGGCGCCGCGUGGGCGCCCGCCGCCGCCUGCCCGCACAAGUGCACCUGCGUGGCCGCCAGCGUGGACUGCCACGGGCUCGGCCUGCGCGCCGUGCCCAGGGACAUCCCCCGCGGCGCCGAGAGGCUUGAUCUAGAAAAAAAUAACAUCACAAGAAUCACAAAGACUGACUUUGCAGGACUGAAGAAUCUGCGGGUCUUACACUUGGAAGAAAAUCAGAUUAGUGUGAUAGAACGAGGAGCGUUUCAGGAUCUAAAGCAACUUGAACGGCUGCGUCUCAACAGGAAUAAACUGCAAGUUCUUCCAGAGCUGCUCUUCCAGAACACGCAGAAGUUAACAAGAUUAGACCUGAGCGAAAACCAGAUAAAAGGAAUCCCAAGGAAGGCCUUCCGAGGAAUCAUCGACGUGAAGAACUUGCAGCUGGACAACAACCAGAUCAGCUGCGUGGAGGACGGCGCCUUCCGAGCCCUGCGCGACCUGGAGAUCCUCACUCUCAACAACAACAACAUCACCCGCAUUCCCGUGACCAGCUUCAAUCACAUGCCGAAGAUCAGGACUCUGAGGCUCCACUCCAACUUCCUGCACUGCGACUGCCACCUGGCCUGGCUCUCCGAGUGGCUGCGGCAGCGACGCACCAUCGGCCAGUUCACCUUCUGCCUGGCCCCCGUCAGCCUCCGCGGCUUCCUCGUGGCCGAGGUGCAGAAAAAGGACUUCGUCUGCUCGGGUUCCCAGGCUGAAGCUCCCUCGUGCAGUGCCAGCUCCAUCGCUUGCCCCUCUGCCUGCACCUGCAGCAACAACGUGGUGGACUGUCGAGGACGGAGCUUAACGGAAAUUCCAGCGAAUCUACCAGAGGACAUUUGGGAAAUACGCUUGGAACAAAACCUCAUCAAAGUCAUUCCUCCUGGAGCUUUUACCCAGUACAAGAAACUUAAGAGAAUAGACAUCAGCAAGAAUCAAAUAUCUGACAUUGCUCCUGACGCAUUCAAAGGCUUGAAAUCUCUCAUUUCACUAGUGCUCUAUGGAAACAAGAUCACAGAGAUUCCCCAGGGCCUUUUUGAUGAUCUCGUGUCUCUGCAGCUGCUGCUUCUCAAUGCCAAUAAGAUCAACUGCCUGAGGGUAAACACGUUCCAAGGUCUGCAUAAUCUCAAACUGCUAUCUCUUUAUGACAACAAACUGCAGACCAUCAGCAAGGGGCUCUUUGCACCUCUCCGAUCGAUCCAGACGCUCCAUUUAGCUCAGAAUCCAUUUGUGUGCGACUGCCAUUUGAAGUGGCUGGCUGAUUACCUGCAGGAUAAUCCGAUAGAAACCAGCGGCGCUCGAUGCAGCAGCCCGCGUCGCCUUGCCAACAAACGCAUCAGCCAGAUCAAGAGCAAGAAGUUCCGCUGCUCAGGGUCAGAGGAUUACAGGAGCAAAUUCACCGGGAAAUGCUUCAUGGACCUUGUCUGUCCUGAGAAGUGUCGCUGCGAGGGAACAAUCGUGGACUGCUCUAACCAAAAACUAACCCGACUGCCCAGUCACCUUCCUGAAUACACCACUGACCUGCGUUUGAAUGACAAUGAUAUUUCUGUUUUGGAAGCUAUUGGACUCUUCAAGAAAUUGCCCAACCUCAGAAAAAUAAAUCUGAGCAACAAUAAGAUCAAGGAGAUCCGGGAGGGCGCAUUCGAUGGGGCCUCAGGAGUGCAGGAGCUGAUCCUGACAGAGAAUCAACUGGAAUCGGUGCACGGGCGCAUGUUCAGAGGCCUCACGGGACUGAAGACAUUGAUGCUGAGAAGCAACUCGAUCAGCUGUAUAAACAACGACACCUUUGCGGGCCUGAGCUCCGUGAGGCUGCUCUCCCUGUACGACAACCACAUCAGCACCAUCACCCCCGGGGCCUUCAGCACACUGGUCUCUUUGUCUACCAUCAAUUUGCUGGCUAACUCCUUUAACUGUAACUGCCACUUGGCUUGGCUGGGAAAAUGGCUGAGGAAGAAGAGGAUUGUCAGUGGAAAUCCACGCUGCUUGAAACCUUUUUUCUUAAAGGAUAUUCCAAUCCAGGAUGUGGAUGCCCAGGACUUCACCUGUGAUGGCAAUGACGAGAGCAGCUGCUCGCUGGUGCCGCGCUGCCCGCCCCAGUGCACCUGCCUCGACUCCGUGGUGCGCUGCAGCAACAAGGGGCUGCGCCUGCUGCCCAGAGGCAUCCCCAAGGAGGUGACCGAGCUGUACCUGGAGGGCAACCACCUGACCGCAGUGCCGAAGGGGCUGUCGGCGUUCAGACACCUCACCCUCAUUGAUUUGAGCAACAACAGCAUAAGCGUCCUGGCCAAUUACACCUUCAGCAACAUGACUCAGCUCUCGACACUGAUCCUGAGCUACAACAGGCUCCGGUGCAUCCCGGUCCACGCCUUCGACGGGCUGAGGUCCCUGCGUGUGCUGACACUGCACGGAAAUGCCAUCUCCACCCUGCCCGAGGGCUCCUUCGACGACCUCGUCUCCUUGUCCCACCUGGCGCUGGGCACCAACCCCCUGCACUGCGACUGCGGCCUGCGCUGGCUCUCGGASUGGGUGAAGGCGGGUUACAAGGAGCCGGGCAUCGCGCGCUGCAGCGGCCCGGAGCCCAUGGCCGACAGGCUGCUGCUCACCACGCCGACCCACCACUUCCAGUGCAAAGAGCCAGUGGAUAUCAGCGUUGUGUCCAAGUGUAACCCCUGCCUCUCCAACCCCUGUAAGAACAACGGGACGUGCAGCAAUGAUCCAGUGGAGUUUUAUCAGUGCGCUUGCCCUUUUGGCUUCAAGGGUCGAGACUGCAGCGUGCCCAUUAAUUCUUGCAUUCAAAAUCCCUGUCAGAAUGGAGGGACCUGCCACCUCACCGAGGCAAAUAAAGAUGGAUUCAGCUGUUCCUGCCUCCUUGGGUACGAGGGGGAGAAGUGUGAAAUAAACCCAGAUGACUGCGAAGAUAACGACUGCGAGAAUAACUCUACGUGCGUGGACGGGAUCAACAACUAUGUCUGUCUCUGCCCUCCUAAUUACACAGGUGAGCUGUGUGAUGAGGUGAUCAACCACUGCAUUCCCGAGCUCAAUCCCUGCCAGCACGAGUCCAAGUGCAUCCCGCUCGACAAGGGAUUCAGGUGCGAGUGCUCGCCCGGCUACAGCGGCAAGCACUGCGAGGUCGACGCCGACGACUGCGUGGGCCACAAGUGCCGGCACGGCGCCGCCUGCGCCGACGCCGUCGACGGCUACACCUGCCUCUGCCCCCAGGGCUUCAGCGGCCUCUUCUGCGAGAACCCACCACCCAUGGUGCUGCUGCAGACGAGCCCAUGCGACAACUACGAGUGCCAGCACGGGGCACAGUGCAUCGUGGUGCACCAGGAGCCCGUGUGCCGCUGCCUCGCCGGCUUCGCCGGGCAGCGCUGCGAGAAGCUCAUCACCGUCAACUUCGUCGGGAAGGACUCCUACGUGGAGCUGCCGUCAGCCAAAAUCCGCCCGCAGGCCAACAUCUCCCUCCAGGUAGCAACGGACAAGGACAAUGGCAUCUUGUUGUACAAGGGAGACAAUGAUCCACUGGCUCUGGAGUUGUACCAAGGACACGUGAGGCUCAUCUACGACACGCUCAAUUCUCCACCCACCACAGUAUACAGUGUGGAAACAGUAAACGAUGGGCAGUUCCAUAGUGUCGAGUUGGUGAUGCUGAAUCAAACUCUGAACCUAGUGGUGGACAAGGGGACCCCCAAGAGUCUAGGAAAACUCCAGAAACAAUCUUCAGUGAACCUCAACACUCCUCUCUACAUUGGAGGGAUCCCAACCUCUACUGGAUUAUCUUCACUGCGCCAGGGUGCAGAUAAGACCCCAAACGGUUUUCACGGCUGUAUUCACGAUGUCCGCAUCAACAACGAGCUGCAGGAUUUCAAGGAUUUACCACAGCAGUCGCUGGGAGUCUUUCCUGGUUGCAAAUCCUGCAAUAUCUGCAAACAUGGCAUCUGCCGGUCCCUCGAGAAAACCAGCGUGAUUUGUGAAUGUCACCCAGGCUGGACAGGCCCCCUCUGUGACCAGGAAAUUGGAGACCCAUGUCUCAACCACAAGUGUCUGCAUGGCAAGUGCGUGGCGGCCAACGUGGCUUACAGCUGCAGGUGCUCGGAGGGCUACACGGGCACCUACUGUGACAAGAGGAACAACUCGUCGAGCCCCUGCAGGGGUUGGAAGUGCAACCACGGGCAGUGCAGGCUCUCGGAGCACGGGGAGCCCUCCUGCGAGUGCGAGCCUGGCUACGGCGGCGAGCACUGCGACAGAGAGAACCCCUGCCAGGGCGAGGUGGUGCGGGAGGUGCUCCGCAAGCAGCAGGGCUCCACGUCGUGCGCGAGCGCCGCCAAGGUGCCGCGCUUGGAGUGCCGCGGCGCCUGCGGCCCCGGCCACUGCUGCGUGCCGCUGCGCAGCAAGAGGCGCAGGUACGUGCUGCAGUGCGCCGACGGCUCCAGCGUCACCGAGGAGCUCGAGAGACACGUGGAGUGCGGCUGCUCCCGGUGCCCCUGAGCCCGGCGCCGCCGCCUCGGCAGCGCCAGCGCAGYGGCACCUGUUUACUGUCAGAGUGAAGAAGAAGAAAAGAGUUAUUAAG